CUUGGAUUACUUCGGCUUUUGCAUUUUUUGGUGUGGUCAAACUGUAUUCUUUUUUUUUCGUCUACUCUUUAUUAAAAUGCCACCAAAGCGGAAGCAACCAGCUUCAUUAACUACUAGUACUCUGGUGCCAAGACAUAUAAAAAGUGCUAAAAAGAAGAUGGCUACGGCACAGUCAAAAUAUGAAGCCGAAGGGUGUAGAAAAUGGUUCGAUAAAUAUGCAGAUAAGGACAAUCGAGACUUGAUAGGACCGGAUGGCUGUCAAUCCUUCUUUUCGGAUAUUGGUAUAUCGUUGGAAAGUAUUCAGCCUCUUAUCAUUGGCUACAAAAUGAAAUCGAGUAGAAUGGGUUAUAUCACCUGGGACGAAUGGUUUGACGUAAUAAAACCGAACAUAUGCAAUAUGGAAAAUGAUGGCAAACUCAAGGCUGUGGUCGAUCAGUGGGAGGAGUCAGUCUUGAAUGAUCCAGAAGAAUACAUGCAGUUUUAUUUAUUUACAUUUAAUUAUGCAAAAACAACAGGACAGAAGAGUAUGGAUGUAGAGACUGCAAUUGCGUUCUGGCAGAUUAUGUUACAAGACAAAUACCCAAUUGUGAAAUCAUUUAUUCAGUUUCUUCAAGAAGCUCACCCAGUAAAAGUGAUUAAUAAGGAUCAAUGGUCAAAUAUGCUAUAUUUCUGCCAGUCCGUACCAGAGAACCUCCAAAAUUACGAUAAUACUUCAUCAUGGCCCGUCUUAUUCGAUGAUUAUGUAGAAUGGAGACAAUCCUUGUAAAUAUGUAACAAACAUCCACUAGUAUACAAAUUCAAAAUAAAAAGCAAGUAAUACACAGCGUGUGGUUUUUUUAAAAAAAAGAAAAAAGCGAGUAAUAUUUACGCGACUCGCAUUUUUUUUUAUCACACAAUGACAUUUACUCCGAUA